GAUAACGUUUUUGCCAAAAUGUUACGUGCGUCAAUUUAUAUCAGUGCAUUCAUAACAACCUAACCAUUAAGAAGCUUAUAUUCGAUCGAAUAAGCCUCACGUAGCAAAUUAGCAAUUACAUCUUCGGUUGACCAAAUUCGACAUUCAAUGACCCCCAUACAAAAAUUGCUCACUUUGUGGUCUUAUUUUGGUGGACAGAUUUUGGGCGGAGUAAACCCUCUCGCUUUGCCUCUUCCUCUCGAAGCGAACCGUGCUUAAAAUGGUGUAAAGAGCUAAAACCACAAAACGCCCAUCUUUGAAUGAACAAGUAAUCUGCAGUCAACAACCUGGCUUCAUCGUAGUGAAAGGAGAGCGUGGAUAUUGGUUUGCAAGCUAGCACUCCCAUCCCACAAAUUCACGGGGAUUGUCGCUAACUUGGUCGCUAACAAGUUAUCUAGGCAGCGCAGCUAACUAUGGAGCCCUCCGACCAACAGACAGUCCCAGACUCUGGCUCUCAGGAGGUCAACCCUGUGUACCUGCAGCAGCUUCGAGAGCUGGACAUCCCAGAGGAGGCUGCCAAGCAGGCACUCUUGCACACCCGAAAUGUGUCUGCUGAGGAGGCUGCCAUGUACUACUUCAACAAGCUGGAGAAUGAGGAAGAAGGCGAUGACGACCUCAUGUUCAAGAUGGUGUUUGUGGUGAACAUGGACCUGGCCAUGGGUGUGGGAAAGGUGGCUGCGCAGGUGGGCCAUGCGGCCGUAGGGCUCUACCAGGUCCUGCAGGAGAAGAACAGCUGGAGGGAGAUGGCCUGGAAGUGGGACCAUGGAGGGGCGAAGAAGGUGGCGUUGCAGGGGACCAACAUGGCUCACAUUUUGGAGCUGCAGGCCCUGGCGAUGAGCCUUAGCCUGCCCACGUAUCUGGUCCAGGACGCCGGACGCACCCAGGUGGAAGCUGGCUCGCGCACCGUCCUGGCCAUUGUCGGGGAGGAGGAGAUGGUGAACAACGUCACUGGAAGUCUGAAGCUGCUCUGAGGGACUUAACCGGCUGUGGAGGUGCAGGGCCGUGUACUGCCACCAGGGCAACCAGCAGAGGGCAGCAUCCCCUAACAGCAAAAGGGUCUCGACAUGCAAACGCGCAACAACAAUGUAACGAAACAACAACAAAAAAGAAACAACCAGACAUGACCCAACCACCAAGACGAACACACUCAGCCAUUUUUCUUCUUCUGUUCCCUGUCCGAUCCACUGACUGGAGAAGAGAUGUAUGCAGAGCUGCUUAGGUUGAGAGGAAGGGACUGUUUCCUCGAACCGACCAUGUUGAAGGCAGUUUGAACAACUUUUAGUGUCUACUUGUAUCUUUUUUUUGAUUAUGGAGUUUUGCAAGUUAAGGGAAAGUCCAUUACUAUAUGAGAGAAUCAUAUCAAAUUUUUAUAAAGGUAAAAGUCCAGGACAUCCAUAAUUCCAUCUCCCAAUUUAAGAUAUAAUUUAGCGUUUGAAAACAUCAAGGAUAGAACCUAGUGUUUUGGUGAUUGUUAAAUACUGUUAUCGUAAAUUCAAGGAGCAAAAUAUGUAAUUGUAAUGAAAUCCUUUUAGAUGUAGGAUAUCCUUGUGAAAGUUACUGCUUGCCAGUAAGGAAGAGUGCUUUACUGAUACCUUUACUAUUUCUUCGAUGUAUAAAAUGUAGGUGUAUGUGUAUACAGUCUCUCCCAAAGACCCUGUCCCUUAGAAUCUAUAACACUAUAUACUGAUGUCAAAUGGCCAUCCAUUGCGUUAAUGUGCAUCAUAUAUAAUGUGGUGUGCCCAUUGACAUAGAUGGAGGGCUCAUCUUGAUAUCUGUGCCAUUAUAGCAUCUGUGACAGCUUGGGCAGUGUCAUUGAGGCUACAACCCAUAGGAAUCCCCACCCAGUUGACUACUUUCACUACUUCAAAAUGGCGGAAGCAUGGAAGCCCUCAAUGGUGUUGCCCAUGAUAACAGGCUUUUGGCCGCUAGAGGUCUCUAUCAGUCGCUAUGGGUGUGCCAUCCUCAACGUUUCACACAAUCACUGUUGGACUUUGUUACAGUUUUAUUUUUUUUGCAAAAAAGGUAAAGGUCGACUCAAGGCUCACUCUGAGUUAUAAUUCCUGGACUGGGGGCAUGGCAGAAAAAUAACACUGUAUUUGGGGAAUAGGAUUUGAGUGUGAGGAACUCAUUGUAUGGGUCAAAAUAAGCGACUGUGCUGAUGCUUGCACAGUGCCCAAGCGCUUGUACUUUAGCUGACUAUAAUGGUUUACACAAGUGAAAUAUUUGUAUAACUGCUUUGAGGUUAAAAUAUGUUAACACUGUAGCUAGCUAGCUAAAUGGUUGAGCUAUGAGUUUUUUACCAAACCGGUAUAGAUUUUAAGAUGGUGUAGCAAAUACAGGAUAACAUUUGUUAAGGACCGCUUAAAGAAUGAUUGAUUCUUGCACUUACAGUCUUAAACAUUUGGCAAACAGAUACCUAGGAUAUAUUGUAUGUUUCUGUUAAAACAGCUCUUUGUUCAUUACUAUACAAAGGAAUUGUAUUUUGUUGGCAUGAGAUGUCAUUUGGAACCAUAAAUGGCUCUGAAGUCUUACUAAAUAUGGAAAAGGCUUAUUAUAUGAAUGAUUUAAAUGGAACUGACAUGACAUGCAUGUAACAGUGACUCAUAUGAAAUGUUUUUUUCUUUGUGUUAGAGACCAUGCAAAACCCCGUGGCUGCAUCCAUGUUCAUGUUAGCACUUUGAUACCGUCCUGUGUUACACAACCAUUUGUUCGUAUUAAAACCAAGGAGACAAUUAAAAAUGA